CUUUUCUGGCUUAUCUCGAGACACCUAUGAGUCGUGGGGCUUCAUCCUCGCCGUCUUUAAGUGGACAGCGCGCAUGCGCCAACUUCCUCUUUCCAGGCUGGAACCAUGGAGGUUGCAGAAGAGAAGAAAAAGAAGGUUCCUGCUGUGCCAGAAACCCUUAAGAAAAAGCGGAAGAAUUUCGCAGAGCUUAAGAUCAAGCGACUGAGAAAGAAGUUUGCCCAAAAGAUGCUUCGAAAGGCAAGGAGGAAGCUUAUCUAUGAAAAAGCUAAGCAUUACCACAAGGAAUACAGGCAGAUGUACAGAACUGAAAUUCGAAUGGCUAGGAUGGCACGAAAAGCCGGCAACUUCUAUGUACCCGCGGAACCCAAAUUGGCGUUUGUCAUCAGGAUCAGAGGUAUCAACGGUGUGAGCCCAAAGGUUCGAAAGGUGCUGCAGCUCCUUCGCCUCCGCCAGAUCUUCAACGGCACCUUUGUGAAGCUCAACAAGGCAUCAAUUAAUAUGCUGAGAAUUGUGGAGCCAUACAUUGCAUGGGGGUACCCAAAUCUGAAGUCUGUAAAUGAACUGAUCUACAAGCGUGGUUAUGGCAAAAUCAACAAAAAGCGAAUUGCCCUGACAGACAAUGCAUUGAUUGCUCGAUCUCUUGGGAAAUAUGGAAUCAUCUGCAUGGAGGAUCUGAUUCAUGAGAUCUAUACCGUUGGAAAACGUUUCAAAGAAGCAAACAACUUCCUGUGGCCCUUUAAAUUGUCUUCUCCACGAGGUGGAAUGAAGAAAAAGACCACCCAUUUUGUAGAAGGUGGAGAUGCUGGCAACAGGGAAGACCAGAUCAACAGGCUUAUUAGAAGGAUGAACUAAGGUAUCUACCAGGAUUAUUUUUGCGUUCUGGUUAAUAAACAGUUGAAACAAAUUGAAA